AUGGCGGCGCUGCAGCAGCAUGUAGCGUCCAUCAAGAACGCCUACUAUACCCAGGACUCUCGGUCUCUUCUCGCUGCCUUCCGCCUGGACCCAACCAUCUUUUCUGCUCUGCGGGCCGACUUGAAUAAGGAUCCUCGUCGCGAUCUCUCCACCUGGGUACUCAACCAGAUCCCAGUAUCAGCCGCACCAACUGACUCGGACCGCUUCCAGACGCUAGUAUCCGACUUUCUCUCCUACAUUCGCGAUCAUGCCCCCCUGCAAUACGCCUCACCAACCAGCGAGCCUCCCUACCCAACCGACUGGGAACGAGCCUACGAUGCGUGGGCGCUCGUCUACUCGCGCGCCUCCACCUUCUUCUCCCUCCCCGACACCACCUGGUUCAUACCUACCCUUCGCUUCUUCGCCUCCAGCCUCGUCACGCUCGCCAUGGCGGUAGACCAACGCACCGAUGCAGUGCAGAAGCGAAAGACCACCGAUGCAGCAGGACGACUUUCCAAGGCAGCCGGUAUGGCGGGUAACGAUCGAUCGCAGGCAUUGGGUUCCGAGACCAAACGCGCCGCCGUCCUCAUGCUCGCCAAUCUCAGCUUCAAGGCGUACUUCAAGCUCAACAAUACAAGGCUGUGUGAGACGGUGCUGGGCAGUGUCGAGAACGCUUUGAAGGUGAAUCGCACUUAUGCGAGGAACAGUGGCAUCAACGAUGAAUCGGGAGAACAGUGCUAUUCCAAGGCCGAUCGUGUCACCUAUAGGUACUACUUGGGUCGCUUGCGUCUCUUCCAGCACAAUAUCAGGGCUGCUUCGACACAUCUACGAUGGGCAUUUGACAACUGCACUCUACGUAAUCUGCGGAACAAGCGGGCCAUCUUGAUCCCACUCGUAGCGACAUACCUCAUCUUGGGUCGAUAUCCCUCGCCGGCCUUGCUGGACGCAGCCAAUCUAUCGCCCGUCUACGCUGGCCUGACGCACUACCUCAAAACUGGCCAAGCGGCAUCGGCACUGGACGAACUGGACCAGCACAUGGACUGGUUCCGAGUGCGCGGGCUCUACCUGAUCCUUCGCGAGAAGCUGCAGAUCAGUCUCUGGCGCAAUUUGGCGCGCAAAUGUCUGCUGCUCUCGCAAGGGUCCUCACCGGCCACAUCGGCGCCUCCGACGAUGCGUCUCGACGUUCUGCUUGCCGCAGCACGGGUGGCCUGGCGCGAUGACUCGCUGCAGCUGGAGGACGUCGAGGCGAUCGUGGCGAGUAUGAUCGAUCAAGGCUUCAUCAAGGGUUAUGUGUUGCACUCGAAAGGCGUGCUGGUGUUGCAAAAGGGCCCGCACAUGGGUUUCCCGCCAAUAUGGAGCGUCUUUGAUGCGCGCUAG